AUGACUCUUAAAGACCAAACUUCACCUUUCGUUUCCCUCUCAACACUUCCUAUUUCUUUUUCUACUACAGAAUCUCCUACCGAAGUAGCCAAUAGUUCAUCUGUUACUGGCCCUAUAGAACUCGCAAUUACGAUACUUAAACCAAUUACAACUUUAGAAACUGACGAACUGUGGCACCCAAUAGUCUUCAACGAAAAUUCCAGCCGGUAUUUUGACACUAUCGAAAGUCUUUUGACAUUUGACGCGGAUAACGCAAGUGGGAAUAUUUCUUACAGAGACAACAGAACUAUUCUUGUUAAUAAUGCUACAGUGCAACUUGUUUCGAUGAUUCUAACUGCCAUUAUGCUGGGCUUUAUCAUCUUAUCUACUAUUAUAGGAAAUUAG